CUUAAUCCGCCAUUUGGUUCAAGAAAUAGAGAAUGGCACAAUGAAAUUAAUAUAUUUUUCUGGUUUCUAGUCACAUUUUUACAACUGUUCUGUAUCCAUAAAGAGACAAUGGCCCUAGAUCAGUCAGGGCAAAAGAUUUAUCCAGGGGUGACAUCCCCCAUAAGUUUAGAUGGUCCUAAGCCUUUGGAUAUUAAGCUAUCCAACAAGCUAGAAGAAGCAAUGAGACCAUAUGGAGUGUUUGAAAGUGAUGAAGAAUUAGCACAUAGAAUGGAGGUACUGCACAAGAUCAAUAGUAUGGUAAAGAAUUGGAUCAAAGAUGUCAGUCGCCAAAAAAAUAAUAUUCCAGAAGAUAAAAUUGACUCUUUUGGUGGCAAAGUGUGUACAUUUGGUUCAUACAGACUUGGUGUUCAUACAAAAGGUGCUGAUAUAGAUACACUGUGCAUAGCACCAAGGCAUGUAGAAAGAUCAGAUUUCUUUUCUUCCUUCAAUGAAAUUCUGUCACAGCAACCAGAAACUAAGGACUUGAGAGCUAUAGAGGAAGCCUUUGUUCCAGUGAUAAAGAUGGAGUUUGAUGGAAUAGAGCUUGAUAUGACAUUUGCCAGAUUAGCGCUACCACAGAUUGCUGAUGACAUUGAUUUAAGAAGUGAAUCCUUGUUAAAAAAUCUCAAUGAAAAAUGUGUGAGAAGUUUGAAUGGUUGUAGAGUGACAGAUGAAAUAUUGCAUUUAGUUCCUGAUAAAGAUGCCUUCAGAAUGACAUUACGAGCCAUCAAAUUAUGGGCAAAAAAAAGAGGAAUAUACUCUAAUGUGUUAGGUUUCCUUGGUGGUGUAUCUUGGGCCAUGUUGGUAGCCAGAGUUUGUCAGCUUUAUCCAAAUGCAGCACCUGCUACUUUAAUACAUAAAUUUUUCAUGGUAUUUUCAAAGUGGGACUGGCCUCAACCUGUUCUGCUUAAACAAUUACUACAGGAAAAUAAACUUGGUUUCCCUGUAUGGGACCCUAGGGUAAAUCCAUCAGAUCGUUUUCAUCUCAUGCCAAUCAUCACACCUGCAUAUCCACAACAGAACUCUACAUUUAACGUAACCACGUCAACACGAACAAUCAUGAUGGAAGAAUUUAUGAUAGGUUUAGAAGUAGUCAAUAAAAUAUAUACAUCAGGAGACAGUUGGGAUAAGUUAUUUGAACCAUCAGGAUUUUUCCAGAAGUACAAGCAUUAUAUUGUGGUAAUAGCAAGGGCAGAAGAAGAGAAGAAUUAUUUAGAAUGGCAUGGUUACAUAGAAUCAAAGAUAAGACUCCUGGUUGGAAACUUAGAGAGAAAUAUGUUUAUAAAAAUAGCUCAUGUGACACCAGAAUCUCUGGGUCCAUUGACAGAAAGUGAGAAUCCAUAUAUAUGUAAAUGGUUUAUUGGACUGACAUUUGCUAAGGUAGAAAAUCAAAAUGUAGAUUUGACCUACGACAUACAGUCAUUUACAAAUCAAGUAUACAGACAAGCACUACACAUUAGAAUUUUAAAAGAAGACAUGAAAGUGGAUAUUCAGCAUGUCAAACGAAAACAGUUAGAAUCGUUUGUUCCACAAUCAAUAUUACAGAGAUGCAAAGGAGCAGAGAUUAAAAGAAAAUCUGAAGGUAGAUCCAGUGCAGGCACUGGUAGUAAGAACUCCCAAGCAUUGUUGACUCACAGUAAGUCAGAUACAGAUUUAAUACGCACAAGCACCCAUGUCAUCAUCGAUACAUCAGACGGAGAAUCAAGCCAUGAUGCUCCAAGUUGUGAAACAGAUACCAAGAAUAAAGUCAACGGAGAGUUACCACAUCCAUUAUCACCCACAUCAUCAGACAGUGCAAUGCAGAGUCCAUGUAGAAAGAGAGAGGGGUCUCCUUCAGGGGCAGAGAGUCCAGUUAAAAGGUCCAAAUCAGAAGACGAAACACAGAACAUGCUUGGUUCCCCCAUGGUUGUAGAUCCACAGUCACAAAGUCCAAGUCGGAAAAGAGAAGGAUCACCAGUAAGGCCAGACAGUCCUGUUAAACGGACCAAAUCUGUAAAGGAUGUCCAAAGUUGUCAGCCUCCAAUUGAAAUAGGAUCACCAAUGCAUAUAGACGCAGAAUCAGGCGAUAGUGUGAAAAAUGUUGAGGGUGUAAAAUUUCCAAUGCAGACAGAAGACAAAAAUUGUAAUACAAAACCUAUAAUACCAAGAAGAUUUGUACAUGUGAAACGACUACCAAGUGCUGAAGUACCAGAUCUGAUGAGUCCUAACGCAGCACCUGCUCAAGCUGUUAAUGUGCCUAGAAAUAAUAUCAAACUCAGACUCAAAUAAAACCUACCUCGUACAGAAUAAAGGUCAAUAUGUAGGACACAUUGUUAAAACCAGAGGUGCACACAAAUGAUGAGUGUUCCAGCAAAAAAAAAAGACAGGUUCAGAUAUUUUGACAAAUCAGGAAAAAUUUAAACAGCAGGUGGCUAUACAUAGAAAAUCAUCAAGUCUUUAACUCAACUCGUUGUUUAACACCAAGUUUGUACUUAUUUAGUUACUUUUGUAGUAAGGUAAUUGCCCUGCUGGACUUGUUGAUCAGUAGAAAACAAGGAAAUUUAUGAAAUCCAUAAAAAAAUAUGUGAAUUGAUUUGAUUAUUAAUAUCUUGAAGUUUAAUUGAAUGUUUCUUAUGCAUCAUUCAAUUUCUGAUAUUUGAAAAAGAAUUUGAGUAAGAAGCAAUUUGAUUUGAACGUAAAUGUAUUAUAGAACUUGAGUAAUGGUUUCAGUGAUGCCACAAGGCUCAAUAAUACUGUAAAUUCAGAAAUUAUUGCAUGCAUUUAUUAUUGCGAUUUUGUCAUUUUACACUUGAAUGCGAUUUUAAUUUUUACGAUUUUGAGAAAAGUCAUGCUAAAUUCAGUUAAAAUAUUACAAAAUGUGAGUUUUAAUUAUUGCGUUUACAACUCAGGUGCAUUUUUUGCAAUAAUAAAAACCUCGCAAUAAUUUCUGAAUUUACAGUAACUCAAUCUAAGUGAAAAAGAUUUAUUGAUUUAAAGCCUUCAUAUUUUAUAUUUGAUACUUGUCAGAGUUUAGUAGCAAAAUAGAUUUGUUUGUUAUAAUAGUCGAUGGAAUGUUCAAACCCCUGGUACAUUAAGUUAAGGAAAAUAAUCAAAUGUCUUGCAGAAAUCGUCAAGAUACAAUGUUGAAUGGUCAAAUUCUGAAUGUUACAUUUAUUAUCAUAAUUUCAUUAUUACUUACACAAAAAACUCUUGCAAGAAUAGUCAAAGGUACGUUAAAAAUUCAACCUUAAUUUCUCAAAUAAGAAUAUUUUGUGCUACAGUCUAAUAUAGUUUGACUAAAACUACAACAGUUUAAAAUGUGUUUACACAGUGAUCCAUACAUGUUAGGGUUGGAACAUUUCAUAAGCUCUUGUUUUUGAAACAGUUGUGUAAUUUUUUAGUAUUAUUUAUGUAGAAACUGUUACACAUUAGAUAAACUUUUCAGCCUUUAUUAGGAGUAUUCAGGCAGGAGAUUUUGUUAUUAUAUAUUUCAAUUACAGAGAUGCGUGCCUUGAGCACUCCUACCUGUAUAUUGGAGGUUUAUACCUACACACUAGAAAAGUCUUGUGUAAGUGUGUUGUGCAAAUGUAUAUAUGUAUUUCAUUGUUAUAGUUUCUGUAAAGUUUGAAAGUUAUUUAUAGACUUUAUAAUUAUAUUAUAGAGUUGUAUUUUAUUAAACUUAGUGCUCUAAUAUGUUUCAACAUUGAGGGUUACACAUUUAAUGAUAUAUUUAUAUAAUGGCAGCUCUCAGGAAAUUUACUUCUUCAUGCAUUCAAAUUUAAGAACAGUAUUUUAUGGCUAGCUUAGAGUUUCACUAAAUCAACCUAUUUGAUAUGAUUACGUUUUAAAAUCCAAUUGGACCUUAAAUGCUCUUUGAAAUACUUUCAAUGGUUUUCCUAAACUCCAAUUUACUAAAUGUGAAAUAAACUGCUGAAACAUCUUAAACUUUUUAUUUGAAAACCAAAACAGUUGCUUCGUAUUGUACAAAUAUAGUUCAAAUACAAUAGUCCAUUUGCCAAUUACCGAUUUGAUUUUAUUAUUACACACUUUUUAAACAAAUUACUUCCCUUUGUCAAUCGUGGACUGGUUCCAUACCGGACAAAAUUGGCUUUAGCCAAUGCAAAGCAUGAUGAAUUGAAAGUGAUGUAUCGUCGGUUCCACUAAUUUUUCACGAAAAAUCAUAUCUGAUGUCAAAAGUAUUGAGUUAAACAACAAAUUAAUGGUAUUAAAAGAUUUGAAAACCUUAUAGACUACUCACAUUAAGCACUGGUAGAUUUGCUCUUCUGCUAGCUCUCGAUUGUCAACAAAAAUUAAUGUCCCUCAUAGAGGGAGAACUUUUUUAGGGAUCUCUAAUUACAGGGUCAGUUACGGGAAUUGGCAAAUAGCCUAUUGAAUCAAUAAAGUACUGUUGUGUCUUUGUUAAUAUAAUUUAUCCCCAAGAAAAAUUCUACAAAUUUUAUUUCAAAUAUAGUUAUAGUUGUAACACUAGAGAAUUUGUUCAUGCUGUUGUCCAUUUUAUAAAACUAUUCCAUUCUAUAGAUAUUAUUUAGAAGCUUUAAAGAAAAUGUUUGCUCUUAUAAUAUGAUAGGUUAGUUAAAAUGAUCGCAGGCUUAACAGAAAGUCUAAAAUAGAUAGUCGUUAUAGAUAAUAGAUAAUAUUUUUUAUUAGAUUAAGAUACUAUUAUUAGAAAAGGAUUGCUUUUAGCUAUAUAGUGUACACUAGAUUGAUUUUCAAUUAUGUUAGCAUGUUAAGUACUUCAGCAGCUUACGACUAUAGACAGUAGACUAAUGUCAAACUAAUUACUAUUUAAGAAUUUUGACCAUACAAAUUAUUUACUUCAAUUUUCACUAGCAAUUUUAAAUACUGUGGAUUCAUUAUUAUUUGUUGGAUACCAAUUUUCUUGGAUAACAGAAGAACCACUAAAUUAAAUGUUUUAAGUUAUAACAAUAUUUCCAUUCACUUGUACCCAGACUUUGUCCAAAAUCUAUGAACAUGUACAUUAUCUGUUAUCCAUAAAAAAUUGGUACCAACGAAAAUAAAUGAAUCCAUAGAAGUAUUGUAUUUACUUGCUGGGCUAUGUUGUUCAUAUGCUUCUGCAUGAUUGUGAAAAAUCAUUAUUUUCAGAAGAGAAAAUUUGGUUUGGAAAAAUAAAUGAAACAUAACUAUAUUGCUGCAGAAACCCUAUAGAAAUAUUUUUUUUUUUGUGGCAUUGUUAGUAUACUGUGGAUUUAUAGUUUUUGUGGGAUACCAAUUUUCUGAAUUUGAUGACACUAUGUGUUGAAUUUAGCAUUACAACAAAAUCAAAUAUCUGUGAAAUAAGUAAUCCAAAAAAUGUGAUACCCAAGACAACAUAUGAAUCGACAAUAAUUUCUUAAAAGAAUGCAUAUUUUCUGUUUUCAUGCCAUUAUCAAUAUACAUGCAUCAUAUUUUUCCUUUGUACAUUAUGGACAAAACUUGUAAGAGACAUAAGUCCGUAGGUAGCCUGUAGUAUACAUGUAAUUAUAAACUUGACAACAUUAGCAAAAAGAAAAGGCUAAGGUGACAUGCAAUUGUAAUAUUUAAUGAAAAACAAUUUCUUUGUUCUUCAAGUGUUUUGUACACACUUAAUUGACUUUGUUUAAUAUUCAAUGCUACAUGUAGCAAAUUGAUAUAUUAUAGAAGACAAGAUAGUAGCAUAGACUUAUGGAAUGUAUAGCACAUGUACUGUAGGGGCAGAUCCAGCCAUUUUAAAAGGGGGGGGGGUCCUAACCAGGGACAAAGGGGGGUUCCAACUAUAUGUCCCCAUUCAAAUGCAUUGAUCAGCCCAAAAAAAGUGGGAGGCAUACAUGGUGUAAACUAUGUCUUCUGGUUUUACACUUUGUUUUCGUAGUGUGAAGUAAGUUUAAAUGGUGUGAACUGGAUCUUUGAGUAUACACUUGGUCAAUAAGGUGUUGAAUAGGAUAACAUUGAUAUACAUAUUCAUACUGUAAACUUUGUCUUGAAUUGGGCAUAAUUGUUUUGAGUUGUGUAUACCUUUUUAUUUUGUAAAAUUGUCUCCAAAGUUAAACUGUAAACUUGAUCUCCAUUGUGAGACUGUAAACUUGGUCUCUGUUUUCAAUAUUAAAAAAAAAAAUGAUUUAUUUUCUCAAAAUGUUUGUAAUCACAUUGAUUUGAUCUCCCACUUUUACCAGUAUUCAGUGAUUCCCAAUGAUUAAUGCACACAUUAAUUUCAGAAAUUUAGAGUAUAGAGGAGGGAGGAUGCCUUUAUUGUUCCAUUUCUUUUUAGUUAAUAUAAAGAUAUAAUAGUGCUUUAUAUUUUUUUUUUUAAGAAUGUUGUCAUUAUUUUUUUCUAUCAUUGGUUUAUAUGGUUAUGGAUAAAUAUUUCAUGGUAUGCGUUUGUACAUAGAAGUAGCCUGAUCAUCUGAAUGUUUUAUCAGGUUGGAUAAAUGAUUAGAAUAAAAGAGUUAGAAAUCAUAAUUACAGGGAGAUAAUUCAGUAUAUUCAGAGCUGUCGUUGAAAUGUUUGACAAUAUAUUUCACAAUUCACUUUUAUGAACAAAAUGUAAAAGCUCAUUAUCUCUUUCUACAGGCAUUUCUUUUCAAAAGCAUUCAUAUAAUGUUAUUUCUAUUGAUUACAUUUUAUAUGUUUCUUGUAGAGUCAUAAAUAUAAUGUCAUUAAGAAAUUUCACCAAAAACAAUAUUAAUAAAAAAAAAGUUAGAUGUUGCAAAAAAAGACUGCUCCAUAGUUAUGAAAGAAAAGAAAUAAUCUACAUAUAAACAUCUUUUGGAAACAAAUAUCCUAUUACCAAACUAAUUACUUUUAGAAAUAUUGUAUAAAGAUCAGCCUUGCUUAUUGUUAUAUUUGGGUUAGUUUAGGUAAAAUUAAUUAUUUAAUAUAUUUUGUAUGUAUUUUUCUAAUUUGUAUUUUUAUGUAUUUUAUGUACUUUUUGCAGUUUCUAACUAUUAGAGUUUUGUACAUCAUUGCUUUAGUGCUUAUGAUGACAGAUCAGAUUUAACAUUGAACUAAAUAAUGAAUUUCAUCUUCAAUCUUCCAUCUCAACAUUGCAUUAACUGGUUCAUAUAUAUUUUUCAGAUAUCAUACUUAUUUCACACAAUUUGUAAGCUGUACAAAGUUCAACACAUAUGUUGUAUAAAUUACUAUGUUUAUUUGUGAGGGAGGAAUCUUUUUACUUUAUAUGUAAAGACUAUAUGUGUGUACACAUGUGAACAUUGUGUUUCUGUAAGUGUGUUUGUAAAUAUAAAUGUGUAAAACUUGUACAGUGAUGACAGAAAGUUACACAGAGAAAGAAAGGUUGUACGAUGUGGAAAAGAAUGAACUAUUAAUUGAGUGAGGUAAGCGAGGAAAUAUAUUAAUUAAAAAUUAUAAAAUUUAAAAAAAUCAAGAAAACAAUAAAAGAUAUGUGAUAAACAUUG